AUGACGUAUAGACCACCCAAAGUCGAAGAGGACUACUCCGAUACAUCCGAGCCUCAGAAGCGCAAGCGCGGCGAAAAAUACCCAGAGUUGGAGCCCAUAACCCCCGGGCAGGAUUUCGAGACAGAGAAACAGCAGCCACCGAGCAAGGUGCCGAAGCCCGAUGAGGCCCCAGCCGAGGAAGAUGAGAUAGACGCACAAGGAGAGGAGGAUGACGAAGAGGAAGAAGAGCUGAGCGAUGAGUACGAAGAGCCCGACAAGGAGACUGGUGGAGAAGGCGAUGAGGAAGUAGAAGAGGAAAAUGGUGAGGAAGAGCAAGAGGAUAAAGUCACCGGCAACCUAGGGCCAAAGGUGCAAAAAGCUAUUGACAAACUGGGUCGAUGCCCCCUUGAUGGAACAAAGAUCGCCAAGGAGCCUCUUACAGCAUCACCGGAUACGCUUCUGGCUAUGGUUAUUGAUGCUAUGCUGAAGUCGCGACCAAUUUCGCAUGAUUUGACACAGCGAACGAUCGCGAAAGUCGUUGAAGCUGGGUAUCAUGAUAUUCACAAGCUGGGAAAUAGUAGCUGGGAGGAGAGGACGAUGGUUCUCAAGGACGGAGGAUACAAUCGGUAUAGGGAGCAGGGGGCUACUAAUCUGGGAGAGUUGGCGGAAUUGGUGGAUCAGAAGUACGAUGGAGAUCUCAAUAAUUUGUUGGAAGAGGCACAUCACGACCGCGAACAAGUAAGGGAGCUCAUCAAAGAAAUCAAGGGACUUGGUGAUCUAGGCGCCGAUCUCUUCUUUAAUAAUGUGCAGAGCGUGUGGCCUUCGAUUGCUCCUUUUGUUGACCGACGCAGCCUGCAGACGGCAGAUCAAGUUGGGAUUGGCACGGAUCUGGAUGCCAUCUACGCAGAUCUGAAACGUGACUCGAUGAAGAUGAGCAGGCUAGCUAAUGGGUUGUCCACUGCAAGACUGGAGAAAAAGCAAGGAGAGCUUUUGGGUAUUUAA